GCCGGCAGCGGAGAGAAAGCGCGGCGCGGCGCCGGGAGAGCCGCCCGGGACGGUCUCGGAGCGAGGCUCCGCGGCGCCCAGCGGCCGGCGAAGCCGCGGAAAGAGAUUCUCAGCCCCGCCCUUGAAAUGAUGGGACUGGGGAACGGGCGUAGGAGCAUGAAGUCGCCGCCGCUCCUGCUGGCCGCCCUCGUGGCCUGUAUCAUCGUACUGGGCUUCAACUACUGGAUUGCGAGCUCCCGGAGCGUGGAUCUCCAGACCCGCAUCACGGAGCUGGAAGGCAGGGUCCGCAGGGCAGCCGUGGAGAGAGGCGCUGUGGAACUGAAAAAGAAUGAGUUUCAGGGAGAACUGGAGAAGCAGCGGGAGCAGCUCGACAAGAUCCAGUCGAGUCACAACUUCCAGCUGGCGAGCGUCAACAAGUUAUACCAGGACGAAAAGACGGUUUUAGUGAAUAACAUCACCACCGGAGAGAAGCUCAUCAGGACCCUGCAAGACCAGCUGAAGGCCCUGGAGAGGGAUUAUGGCAAACAGCAGCAGGAUGUCCUCCAGUUUCAGAAGAACCAGAGCAACCUGGAGAGGAAGUUCUCGUAUGACCUGAACCAGUGCAUCAAUCAGAUGAAAGAGGUGAAAGAGCAGUGUGACGAGCAGAUAGAGAAAAUCAGCAGAAAGGGGAAUGAAGCCAUAGCUUCCAGAGACCUGAAUGAAAAAAGAGACCAAAGUCAGCAGCAUCACUUCCUCAGCGAGCCUCAGGCCAGGUUGCAGGAUGCAGGCUUGCUGCAGGCAGAGGUGCCACAAGAGAAGGGAAAUGUACUCAGCAACGCCCAGCGCCAGACACCAGCCCCCAAUUCUGAAAUAGCUUUGGAUUUGAAGAGACAAGCUGAGAAGGAGGAAACAAAUGAGAUUCAGGUUGUCCGCGAGGAGGACACUCAGAGGCUUGGCCUGGGGCUGCCGCAGGAGCCGGGCCAAGCGCCGGCUGCCAAAGACGACAAGCUCGUGGAGGGAAAAGGUGUUGGGGGAGCCAGAGAACUUGGCCAAACCCCACAGUUGCCAGCUGCCCUGCUGGCGAGCCAGGAAAAUAUAGAGACUGACGGCCCUGAGCGGGACCAGCUUGUCAUCCGUGAGGACCAGGAGGAGGAGCAUGGUGCAGAUGAGCAAGGGAGAAACCAGCAAAAACUGGGAGGAGAUGAUGCGUACAACACAGAUGAAAAUGAGGCAGAAUCCGAAACAGACAAGCAGGCAGCCUUUUUGGGAAAUGACAAAAGCCUAAACAUUUUUAAUGCUGAAGAUAAAAAAAGAGAUACCAUAAAUUUACUUGAUCAGCGUGAGAAGAGGAAUCAUACUCUCUGAAUCAAAGUGGAAACACACACUUCCCAUCAGGAUUAAACACAGAUGAUGAUAAAAUAAUUCAUGUGGAAUUGAACGUGCAAAACUGAAAAGUACUCAGUGAAAUUACAUCUAAAGAUGAUUAUUGUGGAGUUUUAGUAUGUACUUUGUGUGGGAAAAAUGGAAUUGUCCUUUUAGAUACUUUUUGGGAGUACUUUUGAAGUGUCUAUAUUAGGAUAUCAAAAUUUGUUAAGUUUUUGGUUAACAGGCAUUUCAUGAAAAAGAUCAACACCAAAAAAUACAAGUUCUACUUCAAGUAUGGUGACAGUGGUGCUUGUUUAUUCUGGAACAGAACGUUCUUUAAAAACAAACAAAAAGGCGUGAGGGAAGAGUCAGUCUUCUGAUGCUAUGAAGAGGGCCACCACACUUAGAGGACGCCCCCUCGGUCCCCUCUGGAGGCAUUGUCUCCUCCACAGGCUUUGCCGAGGGACUUGGUCCCAGCCCAUUAUUUCUGGUCUCACUGGGAAAGACUGAAUGAGGAUUGCCCUCUACUCUCGUGCACUCACUCCUGAUAGUCAAGGGCCUAGAGCACUGACUAUUAACAAAAAUGUCAUCUAGCAACAGUUUUAACAAGUAUAGACACAAAGCUGUUUUGUGUGAGAAUUUCUAAAAAGACUACUUGUAUAAUAACCCGUCAUCCUUAAUGUACAAAAGGCUAUUAAGUAACUUGUGAUUUGAGCAUUUGUGGUCUGUACUUGCUUUGGUUAGUAUAUGUGGGUUAAGCAAAAUCUUCGGUAAUAAGUAGAUCUUACCAAAAAGAGACACGAGUGGAUUGGACUUCGGACCCAGCAGAGGCCUAGCGGAGAGGGUGCCGGCAGCCUGCAGCAGAGCCCAGUGUGGGAGGCACAGCCAUGUGAGGGCUGGUUUGUUGUGGACAAAUCUGUGCCUACUUUAUCACAAGAGUAAAAGAAAAGAAAGUUAACUGAUGUUGAAGGAUAUUUACAGUGUUACAAGUUGGGACAGUUUAGAAAGGCAAGAGAAAUAGUUCAUUUUUGUCAGUUUAUACAUUUAGCUGUGGCAAAAUGACUAUCACAAAACUGAUUUAAAAAUCAAAGGUUAAUGUUAAUUUUCAAAAUGGACUUAGAGUGACUGUUUUAUCAUAAUCCACACUGGUAGCAGUGACAAUAGGUUUGACUUCAGUUGGUUCCCCCAUAUUUAAGGCGGAUCAGCUCUUUCCUGCAAAUGGCUGGCAGUCACGUUCCUGCCUUGCUUUCAGUGAGCAUCUCUAAGGUUGAGUAAGUGGUGGCGCCUAUUAGAAUACAUUUAGAUUCACAGAAUUUGAGCUGCAAGGGCCUCAGAGGUCAUUUGGUGGAGAGGAUAGUAAGGCCCAGAGAGGUUAUGUAAUUUACAGGAGCCAGAUAGCAGGGGAGCUUGGUGCCUGGACUCACACGCAGGUGUGCUGACAUAAUGCAUUCAUAUUAGGAUUUCAGACUUGAAUGUUCUUCAUGUAGGAAUGUAGGAUAUCCUUUUACCCUCACUGAGAAAAGGCAGCUGAAGGAGGAUAUAAAAGUAGCUUAUAAGACCUUUAUCUUUUUCCAGCGUUCCUUUAUGUGUUAGUCUUAGGGUUGAUAUAAAUUCUUGCUUUCUCAAAUAAUUAAUGAAACCUCUAGGUGUCUCGUUUAAUUAAUGUGCACAGAGUUGCUGAGAAAAUACUCCUUGAUUUUAAAACUAUCUUCCCAGAUAAUUCCCUUCAUCCCUUAGGGAUCUCUUAAGAAUCUGCUUUUAAACUGUAGAUUUAAGGAUAGUGGUUCACCUUAAACCAUUUGUGAAAUGAGAUGGGAUAUCAAUAUAAGUGAAAAACAAUCAUGAUAACUUGGUGUACAGAGGCAUCUGAGGCCACCCAUUCAGGAGGAUGUGUACCUGGACUUCUCCAGGCAGUCACCCCAGUGGUUCUCCUGUGAUCUCAGGCACGAAUUCUGAGGUAACAAGAGGUGUGAUGGCUGUUUAAAAAAACAAAGCAAAACAAACCUGUGCAACAAGCAUCAAAUACAUAUCAAAUCCCGACCUUGGUCUUUUGGGUUCAUCCAAAAUUAAAUAAGCAGCUAUUCUUUAUUAAAAUUAAAACCUACUUUUAGCAAGUAUCUAAUUUACACCUUCCUCUCUAUACUCAAAUGGUGUGUAGACAGGAGUGAUAGAGUUAUUUAUUUGAUUUUUUUACCCCUGCAAAUAGGACUGCAUAUGGAGACUUUCUAAGCAAACUUGGAUAAGAUUUCACACUGCACUUACGCGUGAUGGAAUUUGAAAAAUGAACCAUUACCUGUUAAAUAAUUAAUUAUGCUACAUUAAAUAACCAGAGUGAUAACUAGCAUUGUUUUGUUACCACUUGUAGUAACUGGUUGUCCAUUCAUAGUAGAGUGUGGAAUGCUGGAAGAGAACUGUGAAUAAUGAAGAAGGGUCAUUUAAGGUCCAGUGGAUCUGUCUACUCCUCCCACUCUCUGGCCUAAAAGAUUAAUUUUUAAUUAUACAUAAUGAUAGUCUGAGGCACUGAACAACUUUGAACACUUGCCUUUGAAAUAAUUUUAGAAAAGAUAUUUAAAUUUAAAAUAAUAAAGAUGGUUCCAUUAACUGUGGGUUAAAUUUUUUUCACAUGAUUAGGCUGAAAAUGUUUUAGUGUCAAAGUUGGGGAAAUGGUUUAUCUUAAUUAUGUAUUCAAAUAUUUGUAUGUUUAUGUGUUGUUUCUCAGCUCGGAGGGCAACACUUUUUUGAAGUGUACUAAACCACUGUCCCUUCGCAUGUUUUAAAAGCUGAUUGAUGAAAUUCUGGUUAUAUGUACACUGAAGGAUUACUUUUGAAGUAACUGUCUUUCCAUGAGCUUUUUUUUUUUAAUUCAGAAAGUUGGAUUUUAUGUAUUCAUGAUUAACUUUAAAAUCUUGCUAAUUAAAAAAAAAAAGUAAAAUGCUUCUAUCCUUGUUGGUGUAUCUCUGGUAAAGUAAAUGACAUAUUCUCUCACCUUGAAGUUAGAAAAAUAUAGAAACUUCAGAUAAUGAACUUUUUAUAAACUGAGGCCCAAACCAGUUGAAACAAAUGCUUUGUUUUUCAUCCUUAUGCCUUAGCAGAAUAAAAUUAUCCCCUCUAAACCAGAGUAAAAACCCUGAGUUGAGUGACAUAAACCACACCUUGCUUGUAGUACUGUACAUCCCACAAAGAUUCCAAUCCCAUGAUGGGUGCUUGACAUGUAUUUCCUGGGUGCUAAGUCCAAAUAAAUGAUUGUGAUUGAUCAGGGAUGUGGUCCCAGACAGCCUAAUUUUCCACGUAACGGAAGUUUUGCCUUUUAGCCCCUUUUUAAUCCUUGAACAGAGCAAAUGCCUCAAAGGAAAGCACACGAUUCUGUCAGUAACACACUAAUAAAUUUUUUGCUUUUCAGUUGACAAAGGGUUAACAAUACAGACACUUUGCUCUUAGGAAGAUCCAUUCCUAAAAGGUAGCCUCAGUGUGUCUGUAACUGAGUCAGAACUGUUUGCUUAGUAACCUUCAUCCACACUAGGGGACCAAUCAGAUAUGUAGGUUACAAAGAAAUGACAGGUUAGCUGCUUUAAAGUAUUUCCAGAAAAAGUUUCAGUAUGUUUGCAAGAAAGGUGUCAGACCAGAGUUUAGACAGUUGGAAUUCAGAACCCUUCUUACUGUGUUGUUGUUAGUUGCUGGUGAGUCAACUGCAACUCAGGGUGACCUCGUGUACAACAGAAAGAAACCCUGCACGGUCUGUGCCUGCCA